AUGACCUCAGAAAUAUCAACAGAUCAAGAGGCAUGUAUAUCAAUAGAUCAAGAGUGUUAUGACACUAUCCAAGCUACAAAGUGUUAUGACACUAUCCAAGCUACAAAGUGUUAUGACACUAUCCAAGCUACAAAGUGUUAUGACACUAUCCAAGCUACAAAGUGUUAUGACACUAUCCAAGCUACAAAGUGUUAUGACACUAUCCAAGCUACAAAGUGUUAUGACACUAUUCAAGCCAAAGUGUUAUGA